AUGAGUAGCAUCACCCUUGGGAAGAAAUUCUAUUCUCAACUAGAAUUUAAUGCUGCAAAGCGAAAGUUUGAAUUGGAGCAGCAUGUUCCGUAUACUGUUAUUAAUUGCACGAAGGCUCAAAAUUAUAACCAAACUGCGGACCAGGACCAUCAGGUACCAAAUGGAUUUGACUGGAAGGAUGCUGUAAUAGCCUGCAAGCUUUAUGGCAAACCUCGACUACACCAGCAUGUUGAAGGGACAAAGAAGCGCCCUAAUCAAAGCACAUUUAAGAGGGACUGCCUCGCCAAAUUUAAUAUCAAUUUCUCGUUGAAUGAGAAGUGUUACAUUGUGACCAAGUUUGAGCAGUCUCACAGGAACCAUGAGUUAGUUAAAGAAAAAGAGCUUCAUCUUCACUACUCUGAGUUCAAAAAACCGCCUGAGGAGGCUCUGAAUGAGGUCAACAAGUUGUUCAACUAUGAAGUGAAAACUCAUAAAAUUAGAGAGGUGCUAGUGUCUGCAGGAAUAAAAGCCACGUGCCAAGAUAUUCAGAAUCUAAGACUCAAAUGGCGAGCCAAAUUUAAGGGGAAAGCUGAUACUCCUGAAGAGGCCCUGUUUUCGCAGCUGAAUCAACUUAAAGAAGAUGAUCCUCACUCUGAGGUUGUUGUGACCUACGAUCCAGAUUCAUUUGUGAUGCAGAGUGUCUUCUUCCAGACAUCAGAAAUGAAAGCUGCGCAUGAACUGUAUCCUGAGGUUUUGAUUAUGGAUACAACAUACUCAUUAACUGAGAACAACAUGCCUCUUGUUGUGUUCCAAGGCAUUGAUUGUUAUGGUGCUGGACGGACUGUGGGCUACGCUCUUAUUAUCAGUGAGAAGAAAGAGGUUGUCACUGCAGCUUUAGAUCUCUUGAAUUUAGGUUUUCCUGAGCUGAACAAGAAGGUUAAAGUUGUCAUGAUAGACAGGGAUCAAAGCGAGAUUGCUGCAAUCAAGAAGGUUUUCCCAAAUGCAGAGGUGCAUUUGUGUGAUUACCAUGUUAAAGAGGCUCAGAAACGUACCGGAUCUAAGAAGAAAGCCGACAGCCCUUGGGAAGAACUGGAACCGCUGGUCCAUAAGCUAUUGUAUGCUUUCUCAAAAGAGGAGUACGAUAAAGGGUAUGCUAAUCUCCAAAAAGCAGCUGGUGCCAAGAGUGAAUUCAUGGUGUACUUUGACAAGUAUUGGCACAACAGUGACCUCAUUUGGACAGAAUACAAGCGAAAUUUAUCUCUUACCUUUGGUGAGAGGACUACUGGAAGGGUUGAGAGCCACAAUAGCAAAAUUAAGGCGAUUGUAGACAAGAAGCUGCCUGUGGCAAUGGUUGUUAUGCGAUUGUGCAUCCUCAACAAAAACUCCACCAUUGAGAAUGACCACAAGCUCUUCUCCUCCUUGGUGAAAACCAAAUAUCACAAAUACUCAAAGGAUCCUGUAAUACAAGAAAUUUUGAAGAUAAAUACCCCUUUUGUUGGAGAUUUGCUGAAGCGCCAAUACGAGAGGAGCCUGGAGCCACCUAGUGAGAAUGUACAUGAGGUAACGUUGGAUACAUGUGAUUGUGGGUUCUUCACAAAAUUCCAACUUCCUUGUGCUCAUAUUUUUCGACAGCGCAGACUGCAAAAUGUUGAAAUUUAUGACCACAAAUUGGUACCUCAACGGUGGACAUUUGUCAUGGAGGUAUCAAAAAAUAAUGAAAGAAUUUCCAAUGUGGAUAUAAUAGCUGCACCUAUCAAGGCUCCAACCAGAAAGAGGCCCAUGUACAUGGAAGAACGCUUUAACAUGGCGGAUGGCAUUUGCAAGCGAAUCUGUUCAUUGAUUGCUGCUUGUGGUGGGGCUCAGUUUGAGGGAAGGUUGAACGCUUUGUUGAAUAUGGAAGACAUUUUUAAAUCUGGAAAGGAAGCUGCAGUAGUUGGAGUAUCGGGAGACAAUGUGCCAGAUAUUUUGAACACUACUGAAAGUUGUGUUACUGAUGAUGAAGAUGUACUUCCUGAACCAGGUGCUGGUUCAGAAUCUAACAAACCGUCUGAAAAAGGUAUUGUUGCUACUGCUGGUAAUGUUCCAUUGGUGUUGGAUACUAUGCUGCAGAAGAAAUUACAGUUGCCUCCUAAGGUAAUUGUCAAAGGUCGUGUGAAGGGGAAAAGAAAAGUGAAGGACACCAGGAAGAAGAAUGGCUUGAAUCAGGUUGAAGACGAAGAUGAAGUUGAUGAAGUCAGGCCAGUCAAUGAGUGUUCUAGUUGUCAUGGACCUGUUCGUUGCCGAACAUCCUUCUCAAAGAAAAAUUAUGGCAGAAAAUAUGUUGUGUGCUCCAGGAAAAUAAGUGAGGGAUGUAGAAAUUUCCAUGAAUGGGUGGAUCACUCUGCUGUUGAUAAAAACCUCUCUUCCACUUCAUUUUUGCAUGAAGUUGAGCUUCCCACAGUGGACAUUGCAAGUGUAGAACGUGCUUUGAAAUCUGAGCCAAGAGUUCUAGCAGAUAUUGAAUUUAUAGAUCUGACAGAAAAUGAUGAUGACCCAGAGCUCUAUUUUAGUGACACUCCACCUUGUUCUCCGUUAAUUUCUCCAGCAAUAUCUCCUCAGAAUUUGUGGAAUAAUUCUCCACAGUAUUCUCAGAAUAGUAGUUCUCCUCAGCAUUCUCAGCAUUCUGAAUGCUCUGAGACCAACACUCAUCAAACUAAUGGUCUUCAGAACCCUCAGAAUGGUACUUCUAAGAACUCUCAGAAUAAUAGUCGUCAGAAUGCAACUCCUCAGAGCUCUCAGAAUAGUAUUCAUCAGAAUGCAACUCCUCAGAGAUCUCCGAAUAGUACUCAUCAGAAUGCAACUCCUCAGAGUUCUCAGAAUAGUAUUCAUCAGAAUGCAACUCCUCAGAGUUCUCAGAAUAGUAUUCAUCAGAAUACUACUCCUCGGAGUUCUCAGAAAAAUAAUCAUCAGAGUACUACUCCUCAGAAUUCUCGCAAUAGUACUCCUCAGAAUUCUUGCAAUAUUACUCCUCAGAAUUCUCGGAAUAGUACCCCUCAGAAUUCUCUGACAAUUAUUCAUCCUAAUAAUACUCCUCGUAGUUCUGUGAAUCAAAGUUUCAUUAAAAAUACUCCACAAGGUACUUUGGUCAACAGUUCAGCUUUGACAUCCCCCUCUUUGCCAGGAAAGAAAAGUGAGUUAAACCCCUUAUUUUAUUGUGUACUGUACUUCAUUGUGUUCGAAUUUCUGAUUUGCAUUUGUCUUUUAAAUAUUUCAGCUUGCUUUGAAUGUGGCAGGGAGGCUGUGCUGCGUACAUCAAAGCAGGCCAGAAGUUAUGGGCAGAAAUUUUAUACUUGUCCUACUUCAAUCAGACCAGACUCACUACCCAAGUGCCGUUGGGUGAAUUGGAUUCCAUGGGUAAAGUCUACUGAGAAGAGCCAGACUACCUUGCCCAAUUUCUUUUCCAAGCCAAAAGGAACAGCAGUUCGGGCAUUAGAUAUGGUUGAUAGUAAUGCCAAUGGUACACAUGAUGGAGAAGGUGGACAGAGUGCAUUUGCAAUUGAUAUGUGCACCAUCUGCAAAAAGGAUACCACUGAUAAAUGUGGCAAAUGUGACCAAUGUGAAAGUCAGGUUCACUUCACAUCAAAAUGUUCCAUUCCUAAACCGGUUUCAAUUGGCCUGCCAGAUGAACAUACACGAAUAUGCAGGAAAUGUUACUGCAAUGGAUGCCAAUCAAUGAAGGCUCAAGAGCAUGUUUGUAAGUGCAGAGUUUGCAAGAGAACAUCACUUGUAACGUCACUGGCAACUUGUAAGAGCUGCCUGAGGUUUGUGUGUGGAACGUGUUCUCACUCAAUCGGUAAUGAUGCAGUCCUGUGUGAUCUCUGCAAAGCUGCAAAAGAAAAUACAGUAUCAAGCCUGAUGGUCACAGACUUAGUCAAUUUUAAUUAUUUGUCCGACGAGCACAUAACAAGGGCUUCUAACAUCCUGCUACAUCAGUUUGCGCUUGUUUUGGAAGGAUGUUCCGCUCCUCUUCCAGUUGACUAUGGCAAAGCCCUCAGUAAGGAGUCGCUAAACUUUUACCCAAAGGCUUCAGGAAAAAAGAAUUAUGUACAAAUAAUCAACACGGGAAGGCAACAUUGGGUUACUGCUAUAAUCAAAAGAGGAUCCAAUACUGUAUACAUUUUAGACAGCAACAGACAUGCAGCCAUCUCUGGUUUUACACUAAUACAGGCUGCCAUGCUCCUUCAAACUACUGCAUCUGAAUUUACUUUGAUUAGACCACCAUGCAAACAACAAGAAAAUUCAGUUGAUUGUGGAGUGUUUGCAAUUGCAAAUGCUGUAAAUUUUCUUUAUGCCGGAGACAUUGGUAAUUUUGAUUUUGAUUCAUCCUCAAUGAGAGAUCACCUCCUCAACUGUUUGCAAGAGGAAUGGUUCAGUGAAUUCCCCAAACAACCGUCCAGAAUCAAAAAAGUUAGAGAAGACGAUGAAACUACUUCAAUCAAAGUUUACUGUGUAUGCAGGCUACCUGAAUGCUUAAGCGACAUGGUUCAAUGUGACACAUGUGACAAUUAUUUCCACUUCACAUGCAUGGACAUUAAGUGCCAGGAGUCCUUGCCAGAAGAUGGUUGGUUUUGCCCUCAAUGUGAAACUACAUUGUUAAGCUAG